AUACGCUAUACCAGCAUCGUUCCGCCGGCGCCAUGUUCAAGUUUGAUUUCCAAAUAGAAGAAGAGGACGACCAAGCUCCCAUCAUACCAUCUGUCCAGCCCAAGCCUUCAAUUGCCCCCUCAAAGUCGUCUAAACCUCAGGACACUAGAUCGGACAGCAGCACCCUCAAUGAACUGAUUGCGACCCUUCCCGAAGCUAUCUCCUACUCGCCUUUGAACCUCCGGGUCUUGACCACCUCUUUGCUUCGACGAGACCUCUUCGAUGCCAGAUUUCAGCUCUUGACCAAGGACUCUGAACGAUCUGAAGAGAAAGAGGACGCAACGCCCGAAGGGGAAGAGGAAGAGGACUAUGUUGAUGCCAAGACGGAUCUUAUUCCUGGUUUCUAUGAGGGAGGUCUUAAGACGUGGGAAGGGGGCGUCGACCUUGUUGAGACUAUCGCCGAAUCCCUCAGCCCUGUCAAAGAAGAAAGAGAUCAGGAAGUGGGAGAAUGGGUACGGGGUGGAAAAGUGCUAGAGGUUGGCUGUGGCACUGCUCUCCCGACAGCCUUCUUGCUUCGCUCGCUCCUCUCCUUACCGCCCACAGAGACGCCGACGCGGACUGUUUUCCAUCUCCAAGAUUACAACUCCUUGGUUCUUUCUCUGGUCACCCUUCCGAACCUCAUCCUUGCUGCCCUUCCUUACCUCCCACCUGAUGUCCUGCGCCUGCCUCAAGAAGGCGACGAACCCAUCGAGACUGUUGUCCCGGAUAUGGAGCUUCCUGGAAAUCUCAGCCUCAACGAAGACUUGAUUGCUGCCUUCAAAAGUCUUCUCGAAGAACGUGGGAUAGAUGUGAAAUUCAGCCAUGGGCACUGGGAGGGGUUGAGCAAGGAGCUCGAGCAGCAGGAUGAAAAGUAUGGUUUGGUCUUGACGGCGGAGACUAUCUACUCGCCCGAGAGCACUCCAGCCCUCAUUGGAGUGUUGAGAGAAGCUAUUGGAAAGCAAGCAGGGAAUGUUGAACACAAGCAGGUGCAGCUCGAGAGCGGUCUGGGUAGCCUAAGCGUCCAGGAGGCAUGGGCUACCGCACCCCUAGCCGAAAUCACAAGGGGUCACGCUCUGGUCGCCGCAAAGGUGCUCUACUUUGGCGUCGGGGGCGAUCUUCAGACGUUCGUUGAGACGGUCGAGAAGGAUGGCGCGCAGACUUCGACAGUCAAGCACUGGUCCCAGGGGGUCGGGCGCAAGGUUGUACAGGUUGGCUGGUGAUGAAAGACGGCGGCUAUGCAUGUAUACAGACAUUGCUUCCGAAUGCAAACCGGAAGCAGAUGCAUGCGGACUUUGCGGGCGUUAAUUGACGCGUCGGUAAUUGAAUGAUCGUCUCAGGAACGGUGUGACUUGCAGGGCAGAGGUUUGAGCGCACGGACAGAGAUACACAGCGUGCACAUGCUGCCACAGGGACGGGGACGGUGACGGUAGCUGCUGACGAG